GGGCUCUGUACGAACGUGCUGUGGAAUCUGCAGCGGGGAAUCCAGGCGCGCAGGGGAGCCGGCAGCUUGGAAGGUCUUGCCGCGGUGCGUGGCGGGCUUCCACCCGCUGCUCCGAAUACAAACGGUCGGCGGGAGAAGCGCGCCCCGGCAUCGGCGUCGGGCCGCAGGGAGUCGUUUCUGGAGGCUGGGCGUCUGGGGCUCUGGGAUUGCGCCUACCACCACCUCCUCUGCCCGUUGUGCGGGGCCGGAGGCCUUUGGAGCCCGUCCUUUGCUCGGCCGCUGCUGGAUCCAGCUGUACUUGUAUCUUACUCUUCUUCAAAAUAUUUAUUCUGCUGGUACUGAAGAGGAUGUGUUCCAGGGACAUACUUUGUUGUCAGAAAUUCCAUUACCAAAGGUAGCAGUAAUGAGACAUUGGUAUAUGUUACCGGACUUCAGAGAAAGGAAGGACGGAAAGAUACCAUAAAGUGUUAAAUAAAACAAAAAUUCCAUGUACCGCAAAGAUGGAACAUACAUCUGAAAGGAUUAAAGGAAGUCUGUAGGAAGAGUGAUUUCAUUUUAGAGGAAGCUUCAUUCCCAGAGGAUUCAAUACUCAAGCUUUGACCACUGGAAGCUGUUUCAUUUGGUUCCUCUGUCCCUAUGACAUACGUACGUGUGGGAUUUGUUUGUUUGUUUUGUGUGUAAUUUCUUACUUUCUAGAAUUAUAUAAUGCCUCAGGCUCAUCUCAUAUAUUUCCUGCCCCAGUCCUAGAAUUGGCCAUUUCUCCAGGGAGCCAGCAUUACACAUAUUCUGCAUCUAUAUUAAGGUGAAAAAUUAGAUAAUUUCCAAAGCUGGAGCUGAAUCGAAUGUUAAAUAAUGGCAACAGGUGACUUAAAAAGAAGCUUACGGAACCUAGAACAAGUGCUUCGCUCGCUAAAUUAUCCUAGAGAGGUGGAUUGUGUAGGUUUGGUAAAGGGAGACACAGCAGCCUCUCUGCCCAUCAUCAGCUAUUCCCUUACCUCAUAUUCACCUUAUGUAGCAGAACUUCUUGUGGACUCCAAUGUAGAGCUCAUAGCAAAGAAUGACUUACGCUUCAUAGAUACUGUCUACAAGCUUCUUCGUGAUCAGUUUAAUUAUAAACCAAUCUUGACGAAAAAGCAGUUUCGCCAAUGUGGAUUUGCAGAAUGGAAAAUCCAAAUUAUAUGUGAUAUUUUGAAUUGUGUGAUGAAAAAGCACAAGGAGUUGAGUGGUCUUGAGAAGACUCCAUCACAACAAAGAAAAAAAAUCAGUUCUGCUAAGUCAGAACCUUGUUCAAGCGCUGAGAAGACAUCAACUGAACCUGUGGGCAUUGACGUCACUGGCAGGUUUAUGACUUCAGGAAAGAAGAAAGCUGUGGUGAUCCGGCACCUGUACAAUGAAGAUGGUGCUAACAUUCCUGAAGAUACAGUAACAGAUGUUAAUGAAGCAUUUGAUAUUUGUGACUUAAAGGCUACUGAAAUAAAGAUUCCUGAAUUACAGGUUCCUGAAAUUAAGUGUGAGCAGCAAGAUACAGAAGUCAAUCCUGAGAUUAUUGCACUACAGACUAUGCUUGCUGAAUGCCAAGAAAAGCUGAAGAAACUGACUUGCAUAGAAAGUAGAUUAGAAUCUUUGGAAGAAAAAAUGAAAGGGAAAGUGAUGGUGAAUGAAAAAACCUGGGCUGAUCUUCUAAGUCGUGUCACUCUUCUUGAAACAGAAAUGCUUUUAUCUAAAAAGAAUGAUGAAUAUAUAGAGUUUAAUGACAUGAGUGGAGACUGUGCUUCUAGUAGCGACAUGGAUAGUCUCAAUCCGGAAAAAGCAAAGAGGAAAGGCAAGCAAAUAUUCCUUUGUCCUCUGGUUAUAGUAUGGUGUCAUCCGAUUCAACUCCCAGAACCUCAACUAUUAAUUACUGUGGUUUGAAAGAGAUUUCUGAGGUAAGAAGAACUGGCAACUACUUAGGUGAUUUCCUUUGUAAGGUCAGGAGAGCAAGCAGGCAUUAGCUUUAGUUGUAGAAGCCGUGGGCAAGAAAAAUAGUGAAGCUGUAAAUCUUAAUCUCAUAAAAAUCCUUUGUGAUAAAUAAAUGGUACUUAAUGCAGUGUUUUAGACUGUGUUUUAUAUGUUCACGGUCCAUCUCUGAUUAUGGUUUACUUUGAGAAAUGGCCUAAAUUUGUUGCUUUUUAAAUUAAAGGAAACAACAUUCCAGAAAAUGGAAAGGAUGAAAAAAAUGUAAGUAACAGAAAGGGGCAACAGAAAUUCAUUUCUCUAUAGGGAAUUGUGCUGGAUUACAAUAUAUAAAGAAUGUGCAUGUGUGUUUCAAACCUUGAAGGUCUCUCAAUCAGGUGUGGAAUUUCCUUCAAGACUCCAGUGGAUAGUAAUUUACACCUCCAGUUAUGUGUUUGUGAGAUGAGUCACUGUUUUUGUUUCCAACAAGUGAUGUAAAACAUUGUUAAUGGAAUUAAUUGCAGAUUAAAGAGUGCAGUGAUAGUUUUGGUCGAUAAUCAAGAAGUUAUCUAUUUUUGAUAACUACUUUAUCAAAAUAUUAAAUUGUGUAUGUAGAUGGAUGGUUUGGAGACAUUUUAAGUAUCGUGAAAGCAUUGCUAGUCCUUUUCAGAAAAUUGUUGGUAUGGUAGUACUAAAUACGAUACUUUUAUCUAGUACAAAUAUGAAAUUACAUGAUUUUUUUAAAGAACAGUUGAAAGAAAAUAUGAAAUGAAAUUGUAUAAGAUUAUCAUGCAGCGUACUACUUUAAAAGACUAUAAUUUUUUUGUUUUGGAAAUUUCAGAUGCGCUGAAAUAACUUAUACUUCAAGAAUUAAAGAUGCAUAAUUGAUUCUACUUGUUUUUCCUCCCCUUCUGGCCAUAGUAUACUUAUUAACAGUAACUACCUAUAAAUAAGCACUGAAAUGUAUUUAAGGCUCAAAAGCAUAAUUGCAGCAACCUAAUUCCUAUGCCUCACUAUGAAUUUGUUACUUACUUAAUAUAUUAUUUAUGUAUUGUA